UCUCCGCGGCCUGUUGCGGUGCAAUGCCACAAAGACGAAAUGGUGAUAGCCGUUCACAGAGAUCUGUUUGGGACCGGGCAGCUGAUCCAAGCUGUUGAUCUCCACUUAGGCCUGCAAGGCUGCCGAUAUACUUCUGCUGGUGCUUCUGACUUGGUUGUUUUUGAGGUGGGGCUUCAGGAGUGUGGCAUCAAUCUACAGACAACAGCAGACUCCCUGUUCUACCGCACAAGACUGUACUAUAACCCAAGCUCUGCAAGCAGCCCUGGAAUAGUAAGAAACGGCUUGGUAGAGAUCCCUAUUGAGUGCCACUACCCGAGGGAAGAUAAGGUGAGCAGCAAUGGCACCAAGCCUACCGGGGUUCCUUUUACAAAGUCUGUGGAAAGAGGGUUCUGCUUUUCCUUGCGUCUGAUGACCGAUGACUGGAGUGCCGAGAGGGAGUCUACUCGAUAUUGGCUGGGCGACUAUCUCCAUAUCCAAGCAGACGUCGAGAGGGAAGACGACCAUUUACCUCUCAGGCUAUUGGUCGAUAGCUGUGUGGCCAAACAAACACCAGAGGAAGAUGCCAGCUUACAAUAUGCAAUUCUUGACUUCCAUGGAUGCCUGGUCGACGGGAGAAUUCAUGAUGUGAAAUCUGCCUUCAAAAUCCCAAGACCGCGCCUGGAAACACUCCAGUUCACCAUAGAAGCCUUCAGAUUUUCUGGGGACGUAAGGAACUUGAUCUACAUUGCUUGCCAUCUGAGAGUCGUUGCGACUGACAAAGGACCAGAUCCUCUAAAUAAAGCUUGUUCAUUCAACAGCCAAAGAAGCCUUUGGCUACCAGUAGAAGGCUCUGAGGACAUCUGCAACUGCUGUGAAACUGGGAACUGUGUAUCAUCUAAAGGAUGGCCCAGCACAAACGACCCCAGCAAUCGCCGUACAUCAGAACAGAGGGAACAAGUGACUUCAGGAUCAGCUAUCAUUGACAUCUUGGAAGGGGAAGCUGAAGCAGACCUUCUGGUGGGACCUCUCUUAAUCCUCGAUGCUCCUUGGGACCUCCAGAGAGGGGAAGUGGAAGCCACAGGCUUGGGGGCCCAAGGUGAAUCUCAUGUGAUAGAAGCCGAGGCUGACUCUACAGUUGGACGUCAGUUUAUCCUCAAAGCAGACGAAGGACUCGGAUGGCUCCUGGAUUCCGAUAAGGCUGUGACAACAACUGAUGAUGCACCACACACCAAAUCUGAAAAUGUUGUUGAGGCCAAGCUAACCUCUGCUACAGAUGAAAGCUUGGGUGAACUGGCACCCUCUGUGGAGAUAACAAAGUUGUCCCUGCAAGGCACUGCAUCACAGAAGGGGACUGUCCUGGAACAAAUCCAAACCACAGCAGCUGCAAUCGUGGUGCUUGUCCUACUGAGCUGCUUCUUCUAGAUACGUGGAUAAAUCCAUUUGCUUGUAUAUUGAAAACGGAGGGUUUUUUCUUGCAGCCUGAAACUGUAGAGCUGGCAAGAAUUGUUUAUGUAAUGUCUGCUGCACAAGCAAAGCUUGUGGCCAGGUGGUUCAUCCUCUGCAAGGGCUUAAGCAAAAUAGAAAACUGAAAUGAAAAAUAAAAUG